AUGGAUACAGCUCUCAUGGUGUCCCCCUCUCUGCUUGGACUGGCUCUUCUCCUGCUGUCCUUCCCUGAACAUGUUUCAUUAAACGGCAUAUUUGACAACACCACAGGAACUGUUUACUUGGGAUCUGUGUUUGUGGAAGAAGCUCUUCAGAGGGCAAUUGAGCUGACUGAUGCUGCUUAUGCCCACACAAGUGAAAGAGUAAAGAAGUCUCUCUCUGAGGGUCCUUUGAGACCCAGUGACCUGCUGGCUCAGUUCAAACAGACUGAAUACAGGACCAGGACUCAGAUCCGUGCCGCUGAACUGUUGGACAACACAGUGGAGCUGAUCAGAGAAAUGGUCUACACUCAUACCAUGGUCCAACCCAAUCCUCAUGAGCUGCUGAGUGAAGGCGACAUGGAGAAUCUGCUGCAGGUGACCGGCUGCUCCACUGAGCUGCAGAAACCCAGCUGUCACACAGACUGUCUGUCAGAGCGCUACAGAUCCAUCACAGGAGAGUGCAAUAACAGACAGCACCCGAGGUGGGGGGCUGCAAACAUGCCGUAUUCCCGCUGGCUACCUCCAGAGUAUGAGGAUGUGUGGGGGACCCCCAGAGGCUGGGAUCCAGACCACACCUACCACAAUGUCAGCCUGCCUCCUGUGCGGCUGGUGUCUCAGGAGGUGCUCUUCACUCAUAAUGACAACAUCUCUCUGGACUCCACUCUGUCCCACCUGCUGGUGGAGUGGGGCCAGUGGAUAGACCAUGACCUGGUGCUGACGCCUCAGAGUCCCAGUACAGCAGCUUUCAGAACAGGAGCUGACUGCACCCACACCUGCAGCCGGGACACGCCCUGCUUCCCCAUACAGAUUCCGUUGUCAGAUCCUCGUAGUGGCAUCCAGAGGUGCAUGCCAUUCUUUCGCUCUGCUCCCAGCUGUGUUCCUGGGGUUCUACCCCAUCGGCAUCGGGAGCAGCUCAAUGCCAUCACCUCAUUCGUCGAUGCCAGUAUGGUGUACGGCAGCUCCACAGCUCUGGCCUCUUCUCUGAGAAACCACUCCUCUCCUCUGGGCUCAAUGGCCCUCAACUCCCUGUACUCAGACCAGGAUCUGGCCUACAUGCCCUUCCUGCCUCGCCUCCAGGCCCACGUGGACCCCUGUGGCCCUCGUAACUCCACCACUAUUCCUAGAUCUGCCCCCUCAGAGAACAUCACAUCCUGCUUUCAGGCUGGUGAUUCAAGAGCCAAUGAGCAUCUGGGGAUGAUUGCACUGCACACACUGUUUCUAAGAGAGCACAACCGCUUGGUCAAAGAGCUCCACCUCCUCAACGCCCACUGGAGCCCUGACACCCUUUACCAAGAAGCCCGCAAGAUCAUGGGGGCCAUACACCAGAUCCUAACAUGGGAGCACUAUCUGCCACGGAUCCUUGGAGAAAGUGCUAUGUCACGCCUGAUUCCUCCCUACAAGGGUCAUAAUCCGGAUGUCGAUCCCACCAUUGCUAAUGUCUUUGCAGCUGCUGCAUUUCGAUUCGCCCAUGUCACUGUGCAGCCAGUGGUCACAAGGCUGGGCCCGGGGUACACCACCGACUCCCAGCAUCCACCGCUGCCUCUGCAUCAUUCACUGUUCGCAUCUUGGAGGGUUGUGCAGGAAGGUGGGAUAGACCCUGUGUUGCGUGGUCUUUUGUUGUCUCCGGCUAAGCUUCAGACUCCAGGUCAGAUGAUGGUCGAGGAGCUGACAGAGAGACUGUUCCAGGCUCAAGGAGGGAUGCCCCUGGACCUCGCAGCCCUUAACCUCCAGAGGGGCCGGGACCACGGUCUGCCAGGAUACAGCUCAUGGCGAAGGUUCUGCGGCCUCUCUGUUCCGUACUCCACAUCUGAUCUGGCUGAAAUCCUUGGGAACCUCACCCUGGCUCACAAAUUCCAGAUCCUAUAUGGGACUCCACACAACAUCGAUGUGUGGGUGGGAGCCAUCUCUGAGCCGGCGCUGCCAGGAGGCCGGGUUGGACCUCUGCUGUCCUGUCUGUUAGCAAGACAGUUCAAAACACUGAGGGAUGGAGACAGGUUUUGGUGGGAGAGGAAGGGAGUGUUCACCAGCGCCCAGAGGACAAACCUCCACUCCGUCUCCUUGUCUCGCAUCAUUUGUGACAACACCCACAUCAGCCACGUCCCUGCUGACCCAUUCUCACGCACUGAACGCUCAGAGGACAUGCUGCCUUGCUCCCACCCACUCAUCCCCCACCUCGACCUCAACCCAUGGAAAGAACCAGAGACAGAUCCAAACUGUGGCCCAAUACCCAGGAUUCCAUCAGGAUACUGGCUGCUCUGUGACUCUGUGAUUCUCUAUCAGUGUCAUUCUGGGUUUAAGCUGUUGGGUUCAUCAUCGCUCAGCUGUGAUCUGAGCAGCCACCAGUGGAGCUCUGCCCCCCCGACCUGCCAAGAUAUUAAUGAAUGUGAAGAACAGGUUUCUCCCUGCCCAAACAACCUGGAGUGUCUUAAUACACUGGGGUCCUUCAUUUGCUCAGAACCCUCCUCACUGUCUGCUGUCUCCACCGUCACUGCUGUGAUCGUUGUCAUCGGCGGCGCAGCUCUACUGGUUAUGAUCAUGAUCUGUUAUCGGAGAUAUUUUCCCAAGAAAGAAGAGAUAGUCAAUGCUGGAUGUUGCCAAGCAAAAAGUUAAUACAGACAAGAAUGGGUAUUUGACUUUUCCUGUUGUAUGGAAGUUCUGCUGUCUGCCACUGUUGGGUCUCGAAAAUUCAUGGAUCUUUUUCCUGUUCUGUCUUCUUCCUGUAUAUUCUAACAGUGCUCAUUUUAUUAACCACAAGUCAAACUGUGUAUUUGGGUCUUAUAAUCGGUGCAAGGCCAUGAAAACAGAAAAAGCUUACAAUGUUCUUUUCAAUCCGGAAACCAAAAUCUUACUGGAAUGUCUGUUCCAAAAACAGAUUUUCAUACCAUAAAGCCCGUCUUAGUUGAAAAUGGUGGCAGUAUUUCCUCAGGAUCUCUGUGCCUUAUUACUGCUUCAAAACCGGUUGGGUAACUGUGGGUGUGGAGCAGAGCUUUUGUGUCGGGGUAACCAGGCAGCUCCUGGCAGUGACCUUAAUCUAACGCCUAACCAGUGACAGAAAUAGGUCUUGGUGCCACCUGGAAGUACUGGUUUAGAAUGAAUAACUACAGUGAGUCAUAGUUCACAAACCUGGGAAGGCCAUAAAAUCCUAACAUGAAAACCUACAUACAUCCGUAAAUCACACACAGGACAAAGGUUCUGGUCAGACUACACCGCCUCUGUUUUAAUGGAGUGUUUACACUGAAUGACACAUAAUUAUCAGUAUGCUGAGGUUAGGAAACUCCAAGCCCAAAAUAAGGCUAAGAAGCAGUUAUUGCACUUUGAUAUAAUAUUCUUCAUAUUUACCAUCUUCUGUAAAAACUGGACAUUAAUAAUAUUAAAUCUACACUAUGAGGUACGACCAAUAAAUGCAUAUAAUGGCCAUUUACUGCAUUCAUGCAUAGUCAUUUAUGGCUUAUUUGUACAUACUGUUGAUUGCAGACGUGCAAAACUACAGUUGCAUAUUGCUUUUACAUCACCUGUGUUAAAGCUUGGUCAUCUUCUGAGUACAUGUGAAGAUCUUACUGAUGGAAUCGCUAAUUCACUGACACUAUAUGUGAUUAUAAAGUCAAGGCCAGGUGAUUAAGAAGCUUUGUGUUUAUACAAGGCAUCUGGAAAAGGAUGUGCAUAAACAGAAAUAAGGCCAUGCUGGGACAAAAUGUCUCUGCUGUGGUAUUUAAGGGAAAAAAAAAAAAUCAAAGGUGCUAGUGAGCAUAAGGUGAAGCCCAGUAGAGUCCAAAGAUUCACAAAGUGACACACUGACCUUCACGUCUUAACCUGCCAAUUUAGACCCAUGUCACUAGAUCAGACCAUGUAAAAUUGUCAUCACAGUGAAAACAUUUUCAUAAAUGUAUUUCCAUUCUGUCAGCGUUUCGGGCUGUUUUGUUGCUGGUAGUGUUUUAAAAUAGGAAUCAGAAAUGAUUUACUAGUAUUGCAUUUGUAGAUGAAACAGCAAAAAGAUUUUUUUUUAAAAAGAGUUGGUUUUCCCAGAACUUUUUUGUGUUUAGAUGAAACAGAAUUUCACCAGUUUAAUAAAGCUGCAUUCUACAGCAAUAAAGGAGCUACAACCCAUAGUGUUAUAUACUGUUUUUCCUCUAUGUUCCUUGGACAACUUGAGUUGCGGGCAUUAUCAUCGGCCAGUUUAUGAGAUGGGCCUGAUCACUGUCACCUUUUCCCUCCAACAUCCUAAACCAGUUUUAUCUGGUUCCAAAUCUUUGGCCUGAACUGGGCAUUAGAAAAAAAAAAAAAGUCAAAUCACUGUUUUGUGUCAAAUACACAGUCGAUCUGUUUUAACUAUGCAGUAACAGAGGUAAAAGACUGUCUUGUCAGCGUUCAUCCUGAACUGUGUUCAUCUUUUCAACAGACUGUCUGAUGAUGUUCUGUAUAACACAUGAGAAGCUGUGUGUACUCCACCAGGGAGGCAAGAUGAAAAAUAAAACAGUUCUACAUGCUGUAAAAAAAACUCUGGAGGACAGCAGUUUCUGAGGCCACAGAGA